CACAUUGGUUUCGGCAUAUUAUGAGCUCGAAUUUUGAAAAAAAAAAUUGUAAUCAAAUAUAUUUCCUUGGGAUUCUUGUGAUUUUGCAGACAGAAGAAAAUAUUUAAAAUGUUCCGGAGCUUAGCCAGGCUGCGCAAUAAUAUUCAAAUGCCCCGUAAUAAUGGUUCGGGUUACACUUCGAAAGCCAAUUUUGUAACCUGUCUGAGGCUGCUGUCUAGGCUAACAGAUGCGGAGAAUAGCGAUAUUUCGGUCAGCGACAUUAACAUAUAUGAUCUGGCCAAAGAAGAUCAAGAGUUUUCGCGCAACUUUCUGACAACAAUGCCAUCGCUCGAGCAAAGUGUGUUGUCGUCCAUAACACCCGCUGGCGAUGUGAACGCAACAGUUGGGCCUGAAACUGGUGAGGCAGCCACAGAGCCAGAGAGUUCAGUAUCCAGUGAGGCAAAUAUAGACGGAUCAGCUACUUCACAAGUGCUCGACAGAGAUGGCAACCCAGUUGUGCCGAUUGAAAUCGAUGGCUGGAAGGACAUUGAUGAGGAUGAGUUGGGCCCAGCUCUGCACACAAAUUCGCAACACAUCGAAAUAGGCAAUGACAAUGAGUACAAACGCGAGAAGGCGCUUGAGGUGCCCGAGAAGCGAGAGGGAAGCUUCGAGUACAAGGGCAUCAAAAUUAAGCUACCGGAAAAGGCCAGCAAGGACAUUGGCACCUAUCGCUUCCGUCGAGACAUUGAGGAUCUGAAAACGGUUGCCGAUGAUAUGCGUGUGGUCAAAUUUGAUAUAAAGUAAUGCGUGUUUUAGUAUAUUAAAUUUAACAAUGUUAUACUUUAAAAUA